AUGAUGGACAUGACGUCCGAUAGUGCGGUCGUGCCGGAAGACACAAUCCAGCGCAAUCUCGAGUCGGGACGGCGAUCACGCACCCCACGCAGCGGACGAGAGCCCCGGAGUGGCAAUGAUCAUACGUGGGCCGACCCAGUCGCCCCUCCACCUCAAGCUCACAUCGAGCGCGUUGAAGAUGCCCCGCCAGCAAACGCGGUGGGUACCCCCGAGCGGGUUCAAUCUGCUCCAAAGCAAGGGUCCGUGCGUGCAAUGAUCAAGCGAAUGACCAGGUUGUUCCACCCGGAUGACGAUGAUAUGGACCCGGCACAGCGCAAGGCGCACUACCGUCGAGGUUCGAUCCUGAUUAAGCAUCUGGAGGAGAAGCAGGCGACGGGCAAAGCAACGGAGACGGACAUGAAGUUCUUCGAGGUGGUCAAGAAGCGGUUCGAUGCGAACUUCAUGGAGUCGCGGACGAUUAUCUCGCUCUCGGUGUUCCAAACGGGGUCUAACCCCAUGGACGACCCGUUCGCAGUGAUUCACAUGCCGGUGGUGAUCCAGCAGGGGUUCCGCCGCAAACUCUUCUCGAUCUUCACGCUGCAACUGCUUGUAGUCGUGAUUCUGCUCUUGCUUUUCUCGUACGUUCCAGCGAUCCACAGUGCGUUCAAAGACGCCUUCUUCAACUGGCACUACGUCUUCAUCAUGUUUGUGGUCAUGGUGCUGGCGCUGCUGUGGCUGUACCUGGUCAAGUACCGCUUCCCGCUCAAUUUCAUGGUUCUCGCUGUUUAUACCGUCACGCAGAGCCUCUUCUUCGCCGCGUUCGACUGCUUGUUUGACACAAAGGCCAGCAUCUUCAUCUUCACCUUUCUAUUCGGCAUCAUGGGGGUCACCACUGUGCUCUCCACGACGAUCAUCAAGCGGUCGUUCGACCCGAACAUCCAACCCACGCUCAUCAGCUACCCGGUAGUGCUCCUCAUCUCCUUCUUCCUCGGCUUCGUAACCUCGCUCUUCAUCUACUUCUUCUACAUGGUGGAUGUGGUCUCACCGCUGCAGUACAGUGCGUCACUGGCGGUCAUGUUGCUCCUCAUUAUGUGGUUCGCCUACGACGCUUCUUGCAUGAACGAGCGGCUCUCCCCGGACGAAUACAUGCAAGGAAUGGUCUUCUUCUACACCGACAUGGUGCUCUUCUUGCUCUUCCUGAGUAUCAUUUUCGUGGCAUGUUUCGCGUGUGAGGGUGACUGUGCUUGCUACGGAACUGCAGAUAUUGUUCCGAUUGGUCGAGGUGGUGGAGACGAUGAUGAAGGAAUGGACGAUGAAGACGGUGUCGAGGGUGGCGAAGGCGUGGUGGAAGAGUCUCAAUAG